AUGGGCCCCCGGCGACUCCCGCUCGCGCUCUGCCUGGGACUUUGCGUGCUCGCGGCGGCUUCGGGGAGCUCGGGCGUCCGCAGGCGAGGCCCUUCGGUGACAGCCAAGGUCUUCUUUGAUGUGAAGAUCGGAGAGAAGGAUGUGGGCAGAAUUGUGAUUGGUCUCUUUGGAAAAGUUGUACCCAGGACUGUGGAAAAUUUUGUUGCUCUGGCAACAGGAGAGAAAGGCUAUGGAUACAAAGGAAGCACCUUCCAUCGUGUCAUCAAGGAUUUCAUGAUUCAAGGAGGGGACUUUACUGCUGGAGACGGCACUGGCGGCGUGAGCAUCUAUGGUGAGACGUUUCCUGAUGAGAACUUCAAGCUGAAGCACUACGGCAUUGGGUGGGUCAGCAUGGCCAAUGCUGGGCCCGACACCAAUGGCUCCCAGUUCUUCAUUACCUUGACCAAGCCUACCUGGUUGGAUGGCAAACAUGUGGUAUUUGGGAAAGUCCUCGAUGGGAUGACUGUGGUACACAGCAUAGAGCUCCAAGCAACCGAUGGGCACGAUCGGCCGCUCACCAACUGCUCCAUCGUCAACAGCGGCAAGAUAGAUGUGAAAACACCCUUUGUGGUGGAGGUUGCUGACUGGUGACACAGCUGGAAACCAGAAGCACGGUCCGCAGGGUCUUGUCCAUGUAUGUCUUUGUAUGUGUGUGGGGGUGUAGGGCACACAUGUGCCUGCCUGCCUGUCUUUUAAUUCUUCAGUUACUUUUUUUUAGCUUUCUUUUAAUUUAUCAUCAAGUUCACAAGAGAUUUAAAAAUCUACUGCUCAAAAUUUAGUUUGCAUGAAUUUUGGUAAAUUGCCUGUUUAGGGACUUUGGACUGAAAAAAGACAUAUCCCUUCUACCAUUGGUGCUAUUUUUAAAUUAGAAAAUUUUGUACUGACUACUUACUUUUAAGAACACGAUCAUUUAUUUGUUUUUGCUAAGUUUGUUGUUAUUCCAUGUGGGGUAAUGCUAAAGAUUUUUUUUUAAAGAUUAGGACAUGAAGUUUAUUGUUUUGUAUUCAAACAGUUCUUUUCAGGUAAAAGGAGAUUGGAUUUGUUUAAUCUGAUGUAUGUCAUAGAUAUUUUUCCUGAUAAAAGGUACUUUGAUCCUCUCUACAAUAAAUACUUUUUAAGUGAAGCA